AUGCGCAUUGCGCAACCCUGCUGCCGCUCCUUUAAAUACGUCGCUGUCACUCUCCUCCUCCCCCACUCAUCAUCGUCUCCGAGCCUUCCCCAUUUCAACCGUCUUCUCUGCUCCCUGCGUUCUUAUCCAGCAAAAACCCUAAUUCGUUCUAAAGCGAGCUUCAGCCGAGGAUCUUCGAUGGCGGAAUCGGACAACGUUCCUGAUGCUGGUGCGGCUGCGGCGGCGGCCGUGGAGGUGGAAGCGGGAGCCGUGGUGGUGACGUACGAGGAGCCGGACGAGGAGAAGUUCGGGUUCAGCCGUCCGGAGAUGUACAAGGAGAAGCUCGCCGGGACCGUCGAUGCUUACGACCGUCACGUGUUCCUCUGCUACAAGAACCGCGAGUCGUGGAUGCCUCAGGUCGAGAAGACCGAAUUCGAUACCGUGCCGAAGCUGAUGGCCGCUGCUAUCCGAGCUCGCAAGAGCGAAAUCACAGUCAAGACCAAGGUUACCACGUGCGAGACACGUGUGGAGGCGGGGUUCGAGGAAGGAGAUGUGCUCAUAUUCCCUGAUAUGGUCAAAUACAAGGGUUUGAAGGAAUCGGAUGUUGAUGGUUUCGUUGACGAUGUGCUUGUGAAUGGGAAACCAUGGGCUUCUGGGCUGGCAGAGUCGUUGGCUGGGUCUCAUAUCUUUGUGUGUGCUCAUGGGAGUCGUGAUAAGAGAUGUGGUGUUUGUGGCCCUGUUCUGAUUGACAAGCUCAAUGAGGAUAUUGAGGCUAGAGGGUUGAACGAUCAAGUGUUUGUCAGUGGUUGCUCACACAUUGGGGGCCAUAAGUAUGCAGGCAACGUGAUUGUAUACGGAUCAGAUUCUGAGGGCAAAGUCACUGGACACUGGUAUGGCUAUGUUACUCCUGAGGAUGUGCCUGAGAUUCUUGAUCAGGAUAUUGGAAAGGGGGAGGUGAUAGAACGUCUAUUCAGGGGCCAACUUGGUGCUCCAGUUGAACUCGAGAAUGCAGUAGCAAAUGAGAAGGUGGUUCCUAAUGGAGAAGCAGCUCAUGAAGCCAAGAAGCCCAGCACCAAUGGAGAAGCAGCAACUGAAGUUAUGACCAGCACUCAGGUGGUGAACAAGGACACUGCACCGAUCAGUUGUUGCCAAGGUGUCAACGGUAUCUCCUGCUGCCGAGAAGUGAACACCGAACCAAGCGAGGAAACCAAGAAGGAAACCACUGAGAAGAAGAAUUGCAGUGUUGGGAGUAAGGUGACAGACUGGAUCCAAUCACUUGAUCAGAGCGACAUCCUUGCAGGUGCUGCCGUGGUGGGAGCAGUAGCAACCAUAGCAGUGGCCUACAGCAUCUACAGAAGGUCAGGCAAAUAA